UAUCGUAUCAGUCUUUUCUUAUCAAUUGCCAACUUCCUCUUCUGAUUGUCCCUGAAAAGCCCUAGCAAAACAGAAAAGCUUUGAUUUCUUUCUGACUGUGAAAAAAAGAUGUUGAGUUUCGAAGUCGGAGCAGUUCCAUUCAAUUCCGACGGCUGGGGCCCCAUCGAAGCCUCCGGGACGCUUAAUCCCGCCGUCCCGAACCACCCAUCCAGCGUUCCUUUCUCUCCGUUUUCCCGGUCCGAGAAGCUGGGUAAGAUCGCCGACUGGACCCGUAAUCUCUCCAAUCAUACCCGACCCGGAUCCAAUCACGCACACAAAAAUCCGGCGGAUUUCCCCGACGACGGUUCCUUCAUCCCAUACGCCGCCGACGAGGACAAAGAAUUCGAACUCGUGGAGACUUACCCCAAACCGCACCCCAAUCCCAACCGCCCUAAGUUCAAUCCCCGGUGGCGAUUCAACCCUAAUAACCACCGGAAUUCGCAGCUUCCCCAGCGCCGCGACGAAGAUCCCGAAACAAAGAAACGCGAACCCGGAAAGCCACGCGCCGCCCGCCAAUUCCACAGCCUCAAUCGGAAUUCAGGGCCUCGCCGGGAAUCCUCUGUUUUCAAAUCAUCCGUCGAUAUCCAACCCGAAUGGAACAUGCUCGACCAGAUCCCCUUCUCCACUUUAUCCAAGCUCUCCUUUUCCGUCCCGGAGCCGGAAGACCUCCUAACCUGCGGCGGCGUUGAGUUUUACGACCGGACUUAUGACAGAGUCACUCCGGGAAGCCACAAGCGAUUGGAGCGGUUCAAGAACCGGAAUUUCUUCAAAGUAACAACCACCGAUGACCCGGUUAUCCGGCGGCUCGCCAAUGAGGAUAAAGCUACCGUCUUUGCCACGGACACAAUUCUGUCGACUCUGAUGUGUGCCCCCAGGUCAGUUUACUCUUGGGAUAUUGUUGUUCAACGUGUUGGUAACAAGCUGUUUUUCGAUAAGCGUGAUGGGUCACAAUUGGAUUUGUUGUCUGUUCAUGAAACCUGUCAAGAACCAUUGCCUGAUGCAAAGGAUGAUAUAAACUCUGCUUACUCAUUGAGUGUUGAGGCUGCUUAUAUAAACCAGAAUUUCUCGCAGCAGGUUCUAGUUAGGGAUGGUAAUAAUAAGGUGAAUUUCGAGGAGCCGAAUCCGUUUGCCAAUGAAGGGGAAGAAGUGGCCUCUGUAGGAUAUAGGUACAGGAGGUGGAAAUUGGAUGAUGAGAUGUAUUUGGUGGCUAGGUGUGAGGUGCAGAGUGUGGUGGAGGUGAAUAAUCAGAGGUUAUUUUUAACUUUAAACGCGUCGAACGAGUUUGAUCCUAAGUACUCUGGUGUUGAUUGGAGGCAGAAGUUGGAGUCUCAGAGGGGUAAUGUAUUGGCUAAUGAGUUGAGGAACAAUGCCAAUAAGUUGGCUAAAUGGACAGCUCAGUCACUUUUGGCUGGUGCUGAUAUGAUGAAAUUGGGGUAUGUUUCGAGAGUGCAUCCCAGGGAUCAUUUUAACCAUGUCAUAUUGGGUGUUGUUGGGUAUAAUCCCAAGGAUUUUGCAGGGCAGAUUAAUUUAAACACUGCAAAUUUGUGGGGUAUUGUGAAGAGUGUUGUGGACUUGUGUAUGAAGUUGAAGGAAGGCAAGUAUGUGCUUGUUAAGGACCCAAUUAAGCCCCAAGUGAGAAUCUAUGAGGUUCCUGCUGAUGCGUUUGAGAAUGAUUAUGUUGAGGAGCCUUUGCCGGAAAAUGAACAGGUUCAGCCACCUACAGAGGAGGAGGCCGAAGCCGCCGCCAUGGAUGAUAACCCAGUGGCAAACGAUGGGGUUGGUGCAACUUAA